AUGCUUGAUUUCCAAGAUAGCAGUCUUAUUGCUAUUGCUAAUUCAUGCAAAAACCUACAAAAACUAGAUAUAGGUUUAUGCUUUUAUAUUACUGAAGAAGCUCUCAUGUCUUUAACGAGCUUGGAAAUACUAGAAGAACUAAAUGUCAGUAAUAUUGAUGGUGUUACAGACGAUUUUAUCAGUAAAUUCAAAGGAUUAAAGAAACUUUGGUGUGAAUAUUGUAAAAACAUCACUGAUGCUGGUAUCAUCGAAUGUAUAAAAAAUUGUCCAAAUCUUGAUACUCUUUGUCUUUUCGGCUGUAACAUUACAAUUAGCACGCUUACUGGUGCUGAUGAAAUAACCAAAAAUCGUAUAAAUAAUAUUGCUUUGUGUCUAUACUUUGAAGACUUUGCAGAAGCUUUAACGUUCAAAAUUGAAUCUAACUGGUUAUUCAUGUGUCCCGAAGUUAGAGAAAAUAUCAAAUGA